AUGCCUGCAUUGCAGAAUCCCAUCUCUUUUUCUCGUACGCACAGAGGCGCAUGGAAGCGCCUUGACUCCCCCGAGAAUCGUUACUGUGCAAUUCAGAAUCUUUGCGAUGGCAAGCUGAUAUGUUAUGUUACCCUUCAAGUUGCUAUCUUCGCCGCUGCGUUGUGCUUUGCGAUAUAUGUGCAUACCACAGGCCGCUUCUACCUGCCCAGCGGUGCUGCACAAGCUGCCAUGGAGAACCCACGCAUCACGAGCUAUGUCGUAACACUCAUCGCAACAGUUUUCUCUUUCCUGAACACACUUCUCCUCGGUCGUGUACUCCAAAUAGCACUGACGGCACGAAUGAGUCAACCCAUGUCAUUGCUAACUCUGCGUGGGGGUCUUUCACUAGUAGCAGGACAAAAGCUCUUUGGCGUGCGUGGGCUCAAGAUUUUAUGGGCCUGGAUCAAAUCCCUAGCAUGCAUGCGUGAUGGAAGAAAGGUUAUCGCGCUCAGUGACAGGCAGUACUGGACUUGGCUAAAAUACACAUUGAUGUACGGCGUUCUGUGCGGACCGCUUACGUCGAGUUGGACUAGUUUUUUGACUCCGACGCCUAUCGACCUCCAGUUUCAUUUUUCGGGACAAGAGGCGGACUUCUUCAUUUCUACCGAGCAACUCCAAAAUAUAAUGAUGACCAGACCCAUCGCUUCGUAUCCUAGUAAGAGCUCCCCCCUUGAAAUGACCAUGGCCUUCAAAUUUGGCAUGCCGACAGGUUAUGGUCUUGGGAAUGUCACUACGUUCAUUCAAGCUGGUCACGGGGCAGCUGCAAGUGAACUGGGUUUCCCGGACUACACCCCCUUUGAGAUGUUGUUGUACAAUGGUUCAACAGGGGGCGUUUACAUAAAUGAUGUGAUGAUGGAAAAUGCCACCCCAAGCAUCCCAUUUGAAUAUCAAGAUUGGGUUCGAAAUUAUACGACAAUCCAGCAAGGCUUCAGUGCGGACGUCCGAUGCCGACAGCAGAUGUUCAACGUGACCGAUGUUUAUCCAUAUGUGCAGUUCUAUGGGAGCGAAACAUUGGGGAGUUCCAUAACUACGCCAAAUUACACUGUGGAAGCAGACUAUGGUAUACAGAGAUGGACUGUGAUUGCAAAUUGUUCAAGUGAUUCAGUUGCUUCAGACACCAACGACAUCCUAGCAGUGGUUGAUCUAAACAAUUACCCCCUGGGCGACGGUGUUUUGAUAGGCUCGGCCUGCAAAUAUCAGGACUUCGAGAAGGCAACGAACCAGUCUUUCCUUGUUAUUAUGCAAGGCUUUGAGCCUUCGUACGCCUUCAUACAACCCACUGUUUGUGAAGUUUCUCCUCGCAUCACCCAUGUUUCCGUUGUAUUUGAUGGAACUACUGUGAACACCGACAAUACCACAAGUUCUGAGCCGAUGAAUCCAGAAGGACAAGACGCUGUCUAUAUAGACCUGCUAUCCGACCUCGUCUGGUUGAUGAUGUUUGAUGCACAGAGUCUUUCUGGAAACGCUAUGGCAGCUAGUAUUCAAAGUCUGGACGAUUCUCUUGCAUCGGACAGUGAUUUGUUGAACACCGCGUUGCUCUGGCGAAGCAAUCUACAGCCGUCGAACGACACCACCACAAUCCCGUACAACGGGAUAGUUCACGUGCAAUCACUGGGAUAUCAAUACAAACGGUCGACUCAUCUUUUCCUCAUUGCGCCUCUGGCUGUCGUGGUGAUUCUUACCUGCGCUGCCGCGGUCUACACAUCUGUCGCAAUUCCGAAAAUGCCUGGGGAUGUGUGUCUCGUCGAAGACGCGAGGGCACAGGACAUAAACAGUUCGCUAGGCAGCUUUGGAGACUCGGAGGACUUUGACCCCACCAAUGCCCUCCACCUCAUGAUGCUCGCUUCUAGGGCUCCGCUGGAUCAUGACGCAAAACAGAAUGAAAUGUUGCAGUUUCAUCUGGAGUAG